GCAACAUCAUAUCCAAAGCUCUGAGUCCACAACCGCAGUCGUCUUUUAUGCACCAGCGAGUGGAGAAUAGUGCGGGGCACCAGUUCGCCGUCCGCAUACCUUGUUUUAUUACCCUGUAAAGUUUGGACUUAUCUUUAUCCAUUAUUCCUGGAGCUACUCGCUGCCUUGGACUAAAGCCUGUGCGUAAACGUCGCGCGCAGCGGAGAGAUGAAAAUUGUAUCCUGAAACAGCAUAUUGCUAAAUGCUGCUUUAGAGUGAAGUCGAGGCACCGGCCUACAUAUGGAGUCCAGGGUUCCCCACCACAUCCCCGGAGUGUCCUCCUCCCUCAUAUCCCAACCCCUGCUGGACAGUCGUGUCCCCUACGGUCGUCUUCAGCACCCUGUCACUAUUUACCCCAUCGACCAGAUAAAGUCAUCACACGUGGAGAACGACUACAUUGACAGCCCCGCUAUUGUUUCUCAGCAGCCUCCCAGCCAGAAAUCUUUGAACCCAAGAAUCACCUGGCUAGGUCAGAAUCAAGAAGCCUUUCUUGGUGCAAACCACAACCAUCAUCACAAUCACCAACACCAACCUCCGCAGCAUAGCAGGUGCGAGCCCCACCUUCAUCAGGACACCACCACCCACCCUUGGAUUUCCUUCAGUGGAAGGCCCAGCUCUAUCAGCAGCAGCAGCAGUACCUCAUCUGACCAGAGGCUGCUGGAACACGCUGCGCCCACUCCAACAGUGGACCACCACCCUAAAUUGCACCCUCAACCCGGCCCCAUCAAUACAAUCACUACCCGAACUCCAGGCUGCUUCAGUUCCUCAGAAUCUAAGGUCCUCACUUCUUCCUCCUCUGCUUCGUCCUGCUCCUCCUCCUCUAAAUCCUUUGACCUCAAGUCCGCAAAGAUGCCUGUGGGAGGUGUAUGCUCCGUUGGAGGUCAGCAAGGGUUGGCGGUGAUUCCUUCCUCUCCGACCGAGAAGAAGCACCUCCUUCUUUGCGAGCACUGCGGGAAGUGCAGGUGCACAGAAUGCACACUUCCCCGAACCCUUCCUUCUUGCUGGGUCUGCAACCAGGAGUGCCUGUGCUCUGCUCAGAGCAUGGUAGAUACCGCCACCUGCAUGUGCCUGGUCAAAGGGAUCUUCUACCACUGCACCGAAGACGAGGAUGAUGAGGGCUCCUGUGCCGACAAGCCCUGCUCGUGCUCGCAGGCCAACUGUUGCGCACGCUGGUCCUUCAUGGCUGCCCUUUCUUUCGUCCUGCCUUGCCUGGUCUGCUAUCUACCAGCAAUGGGCCUAGCCAAACUGGGACAGAAAUGUUAUGACAAUAUUAGCAGGCCUGGCUGCCGCUGUAAAAACUCACAGAGCGGCGUGAGUGUCCCCGUGUGUAAAAGUGGAGCCACAGAAGCAAAAUCUGGCACUCUGGAGAAGCAGCAGCAGGGAUCAUGAUAGUGGACCAAACUGUGUGGUGGUGACCUUGCUAAAAAAAAAAAAACUGGACUGGACUAUACCAUACUUGUUUGCUCUCUAUGGAUAGGACAAUCCAACACCAACCCAUUAAACUAUCCCGUUAAACUGCUGGAAGAUGACUUAUGUAAAACAAAGGUACAAAGAUGUUUAAUAGGGUGUAUGAUCAAAAAUGGGCCUUAUAUGAGGGAGAUGGCAAGUAGGAAUAGCCAACAGGCCCUCUGAGAUGUUUUUGUUCUUCUUUGUAAGAGUGACAAAAGAACAAGAGACAAGCUUGUGGGACUGGUAUUUGUGUUUUGCGAAGAUGGCCGUAGGCACAAAGUCAUUGUACCUCUCUGCUGCUCAAUAUUUCUCAGCUAAUUUUGUAAUGCUUACUAAACAGAAGCUGGUUGCUGAUCCACAGAAUACAUAGAAAUUAUUGAUGGAUGGUUAAUAUCUAUACUUAGGCCCCACCCCCCACUCCCCACCCCAACCCAAAAGCACAGCCCAGCGUUAAACAUGAAAACAAGUGAUUAUCUAUAGCGUGGUUUCAAUGACAGGCCGUUGCAAGAGUGAAACUAACACUUUUAACUACUCACUCGCUCCAAGGUUAUCGUGGCUACCAAUCUUUUAGCGUUUCCCCUUGUUCUCUUACACCUGAAAGAUGCUACCUUGGUAUUGCUGACAUUUGAUCUCCAUUGAGUUUUUAUGUCCAGAGUGGAGCUGUAAAAACAAACCUUUCUAGACUUUAAAGUAAUAGCAAUUCCCCUUAACUCUCACCAUGUAUUGUGCAUAAGCAGUUGAGAUGAUCACCUUACAAUGUGUUUUCCACUACGAAGUGGUGAAGCCUAGACAUUCUCAAAUAUUUUGAAUGCUGUUCACCAGUCACCUUUGACAUAAUGCAUGUCAUGACUUGCAUGCUUUAGUCUAAUGGUUACCCACUGUACUAGAAGUCAAUUUGUAGUAGAGAAAUGUGUUUAAAGAAAAAAAAAAAGUAAAGUACACUCAACCUUCUCAGGGACAGUUACAGUAAUCCUCUCUAGAACUUGGCCUACACCGCAUGUUGAUUACUAAACUGCCUAAGAGCCUGGUCUACUUCCUCUUUGCACAAAAAAACAAAAAGGCAAAGAAAUAUUUAGGGGCAAAAAGGCAAGAGUGAAUAAUUUAAAAUGAGUAAGCUAAGCUAGAGACAAACUGGCCAGAAAAAAAGUGUUUCCAGACGAGAGGGGGUGCAAGUGAUAGAGAGCAAAGAGGGGGAAGAGAAGGCAGAGCAAAGUCGCUGUUGUGUAUGUCUGCAGUCAGCCUUUGUAGAGUAAACCUGCCAUUUGCACAACCUUUUUAGGAAGACGCAAACCCCUUAAAGGAUGUACUAAAGCACAGUAUUAACCACCUCAGCUAUCUCACAUUACGUUGGUGUGCACUACAUUUAGUCCCCACCCCACUGCCCCCCCACACAGAGCGUCUUCAUCACAUUUAAAUCAUUAUGCCGUGUAGCUGCAUACGUUGAAUAGCCUCUUUUUUUAAUUCUUAAAGUCUAUUUUUGUGGCUUGCGUGACAUUUUUAGGACUUUGCCAAAGGAAGCUGUUAUACAGUAGCAUGCUUUUCCUGUCAGAAUGAUCACAGUCACGCCAGUCUCGCCACGUGGUGUUGAUGGCAGCUGGUCAUUAUUAAAGGUGGGCUGCCCUUUAAUACAGAUGGCCGUUUCCGUUUGGCAUAAAAGUGUACUGUCUUUGCGACUCCAUAACACACACCUCUGCUUCACGUCGGACCUGUGACUUUCAUUAGGGUCCCUAACUUUUCUUUUACUUGUACUUGUCUCGUUGCACAAAGCUAUCAGACGGGGGGAAGGGAGGGAAAAAACACACAUGGUCCUUAGUCUUGAAUGUAUGAGGCAAUAUUUUCAAAACCUAGCAAUUCAGCCUGAGAGAAAAGGUGCCAAAAUGGGAUUGGUCGCGGGACCAGGCAAAGGCCUGGUCAUCUCUAGGUGGGCAGCAAAAAUCACAAAUCUUUUGACAAUAUAUUUAGUACUAGAGCUAUGCAGGUGAAAUGUUAUUUGCUGUAAAUAGUUUCACAACAUUUGUGUUCUUUAGAAGACACUUUUAAAUGUCCUUGAAAGAUUGCAUGGUACAUUAUAACUACGAUUCAGUACAAAAUAUAUAGAGAAUAUAUUAGAUAUAUAUUUUGAGGGUAAGAAUACGAUGUUUUUGUGGUUGUGAGGAAAAGGAAAAAGGAGAGUUUCAAGAAGAAGGUUGGGGAAAGGGGUAACAGAAAUAGCAGACGUUUCUAUUACUAGCACUUGAUUUAGAAAAGUGUGCCCGGCAAUAAAUUAAAGAAGAAAAAAAAAGGAGAAGAAGCAGAAAAAAACUCCUGCUGUUUAUGCUAUCCAUGGCUCAUUAGCAGUCGAGAGGCUAAGCUAAUUCCCUGGUUCCUCUCCGAGUCCUAAAGACUGUGGACUCAUUGAAUCCACACAGGGAGCACAAUCUACCCCCAUCAGCCCAUUUCCUGCCGUUACUCCUCGGUGUUUCAGCUCCCUCUUUUUCUCUUCUUGCUUUUCUUUCUUCCUCGCUUCCCUCUUUCCUGCCCCGAGAAAUCGCCCAACAAACAUCCCUGACCUUCCAUGAUUGACAAACACAGCUGCUGUGCAUAAACUUGUCAUACCACAGAGACAUGGAAAGACAUGUCUGUCUCUCUUUCCCUCUCAACUUGGUUUUUCCUCUCCAGUUGUGUUCUGCGCCAUCUCUUCUCACCAGAGGACAUCUAUUUCCAACAGUUGCUGCCUUUUUUCUUUUUCUUUUUUUUUGCUGUUACUCAGCUCCGUCACUGCAAAAGCAGUGUUCCUAACUUCAUGUUAGCUUUAUACAAUCACGUGCUCGCUAUCCUGUUUAAGGUGUGGAAUAAUCAUCCAACAGCUCAAACAUUAAAACCUUUUCAUUACGCUGUGACUUUUACACACCAAUCCCCCUGUGUGUCAUUCAUUUGUGAACACGGUUUUCUUUUUUUCUUUUUUCUUUUUUCUUUUUUUUUAAUUUAAACCCAAACAAGAGGAAAGGUCUCAAACAGUUGGGUGAUGCUACUCCAUUCCUUUAUACCUUUACAAUGUCAUUGUUGGGUAUUGAGAAACAAGAUCUGUGCUUUUGUUUUGUGUAGAUAUAACAAAAAGACAAAAAUCUCAUAUAAAAGGUUCCCUUUAUAGAUAUAUUUAUUUUGAAGUUCUAUUUUAUAUAGUAUUUAUUUAGAUGCCAACUUUUUGUUUGUGAAGAAAGCUUAUGUCGAAAUGGAAUGUACAUUGAC